ACGGUGCCCUCCUGGCUUUCGUUGUUGUUUUCAUUUCCCAUAUUUAUCUUUGGCCUUGUCUUUGGUGCCUUCGAGUUUUUAUUGUUUCAUCUUUCCUUAUACGUCUGUCGUCAGUCCCCUGGCCGACGCGUACGUUAGGGUUGAUGGAGAGCCCUUGAAGGCACUCGUGAUGGGGGGAUUUGAGGAGAGGGCAGAUGAGAGAUGAGUGACGAGCCAACCUAUGGUCUGGACUGGAAGGGGAAGAGGCUGGAGGCAGGGCGACCAGUGGGGAGGCUAAUUCAACAGUCUAGCCAUCUGGGUGGAGAGGAACGAGUGGAUACAAGACUGCCGUGCAGGUGCCGGACCCUGUCAGGUUCUCCUAGGCCGAAGAACUUCAAGAAGGUCCAUUUUAUCAAGAGCAUGCGGCAGCACGACACCAGAAACGGCAGAAUAGUCCUUAUCAGUGGCAGAAGAUCCUUCUGUAGUAUAUUUUCAGUGCUGCCGUACCGAGACUGUACCCAAGUCGGGGCUGCUCGAAUCCCGCCUCCUCCUCCAGGAAGCCUUCUCAGAUUAAGCCCACCCGGCUCCCACCUCUCCGUAGACGCUCCGGACUUACGGGCCGGCUCCGGAUGUGAAACUGGACGGAGGGAGGCAGUCUACGGGAGCAGGGAGCUUAAGAGAGAUCAUUGGUUUGGAAGGUGUGGAACUAGGAGCCGAUGGGAAGCUCGGAGAAACACCAUAGACUCCACCUCUUCCUUCUCCCAGAUGCGCCACGCCAGCCACCGCAGCCUGUCCGUAGGCGUCCAGGGGAGCACUGACACAGGCAGUGACCUCGGGGACUUCCUUGACUAUGACCCAGAUCUUCUGGAUGACCCCCAGUGGCCUUGCGGGAAGCACAAGCGGGUUUUAAUAUUCCCGUCGUACAUGACCACGGUGAUUGACUACGUGAAGCCUUCCGACCUCAAGAAAGACAUGAACGAGACCUUCAAGGAGAAGUUUCCUCACAUCAAGCUAACCCUGAGCAAAAUCAGGAGCCUGAAGCGGGAGAUGCGGAAACUGGCCCAGGAGGAGUGUGGCUUCGAGGAGCCCACCGUCGCCAUGGCCUUCGUCUACUUUGAGAAACUGGCCCUCAAAGGGAAGCUGAACAAGCAGAACCGCAAGUUGUGUGCGGGAGCCUGCGUGCUGCUGGCGGCCAAGAUCGGGAGCGACCUCAAGAAACACGAAGUCAAACAUCUGAUCGACAAACUGGAAGAGAAGUUCCGGCUGAACCGGCGGGAGCUGAUCGCCUUCGAGUUCCCUGUCCUAGUGGCCUUGGAGUUUGCGCUUCACCUGCCCGAGUACGAGGUGCUCCCGCACUACAGACGUCUGAUCCACCACUCGUAGCCCCGGCUGCCCUUCCCGGGCCGGGGCCGGGGGGGCGCGGGGGGACCCACGGCUGCUCCUGAAAACGCGGAGACAGACUCGCUUCCCGUUUCCACGUGAGCGUUGCCCUUGGCAGCCGGCCUGGCGGGGCGGCCAGGAACUUUCUACAGAAGAGUCAGCUGCAGGAACUGCCGGGCGGUUAGCCAUUCCAAGCGGGGAGACCGAGUCUGAUCCGGAGCGACCGACCCAGCCCUCCUUGGCACCCUAAGAGCCUGGACCGAUCCCAGCUUCCUCUCCCGGCUCGGAGAGAGGGCCUUUCUGAAGUAGGGGUCAAGCUGAGGAGCGCCAUCGUCGGGGGACCAAAUGACAGGCUCUCGCUCUUGGGGAUCCUGGUUCCCCCGGGGAUGGAGCCGGUGCGGGCCGAGGAAGGUGAUGGUUGGGGAGGGACGGCCCAGAGCGGGGAGCCCCCGCUCCAGCUCCCUACCGGGAACGGGAGGAUCUUUCUGGGACUCUCCCUAGCCAACGGACCCCCCCCCCGGGGAGCAGCACUCCCAGGGUUCCUGGAGAACGAGCCUGUGGCAAUCCCCGGGAAAUGACCCACCUCCCGGUCCCGCACCCAUAAGCUCAGGAUCGUCCCCGGGCCGGGCGUUUGCCCUUACUGCCGGUGGUCGGGCUGACGAGGUGGGAUUGGACACAUCUUUUCCUCAUUUGAUGGUCCACCUCUAGCAAAGUUUCCACUCAGCACUUUCCCCACUGGCGGGGAGCCCGUUGCGGUUGGCCUCCGCAGCGUCUUGAUCCCGUGCUCUAUGUUAGAGUGCGAAAGGAACUCAUUUAAGUGGGCAAUAUGUCAGUCAAACAGUUGUUUUACAGAAACACCAAUAGGAGUGAGACGUCUACCUGGGGUCCCGGGGCAGAGACGAACAGCACCGGAAGGUCGAAGUUGAGUCUGGGAAAGCAGCGACCCAGGGUCCGGAUGCCGUCUCGGGUCGGGCUUGGACCCUCCAGGGAACUGAUCCAUUCCACUUGAACCCAAGAGGUCAGAAGAAUUGGAACCAGACCCCCCGACCCUGUCAGCGGCAAGGGCUGCAGGAACCAGUGGGGCCAGGGAAGGACAUUCGAAGGAGUUUAAGGCCUACCUGAUGCGUGAGAUUCGGGAUGGACGUAGGUCCAAAGGCUCCCUCCUUGCUAAACCGGACACGUCCUCGCCUAAUUUUGAAAAUCCAGACACCGAGACAGUCAGGCUUGCCCAGUUUAGUCAGGGGAGGUGGGGCUGGGGGGUGCGGCUGUCUGGCUGACCGUCCCCCUUCCCCGCUCGGGAGUCCACUUGCAGAUGUUCAGAGCCUGAGGGUGGGUCAGAGUGGUUUCCAGUGGAAGGUUGGAAUAGGACAGGGCUGGCUCUUACUGCCCGGUUUUACUGAGUCCUGUCCGGGUCCUCCUCUCUCCACCCCCCCGCCCUCCUACCCUCUGAGACUCAGGAGCGGAGCAAGCAGUGUACUUGCUGCUUGCUCCACUCACCCUGAGUCGAGUGCAGCCCUACCCAAACUUUUAGCCGCCUCUCCGCCCGGCCUGCGGGUGGGGUGAACUGGGAAAGGCCCCAGAGGCCUGCGUCCCACUCUCCCAAGAUCGGGCAGAUAGAGAAGGUGCCGCCCCUAGGAGGAACUGCCCCCUCCCCAUCCCCCCAAACAUACACACAUACACUACAGUGGCUGACAGAGGCGGGGAGAAAAGGGCUUUCAGAAAGAGGCCCGAGCCUCCGUUUCUGCACUUGUGACCUGACUUCAGUCUCUCAGUCAGAGAGCAAAGCCACCUGGAGUCACCUCCGCCCCACCUCCCCACCCGCACUGGGGGAUGUGUUUGCCUUUGGGGGAGAUUUUUGCCCGAGAGAAUUUAUAUCGCUCACUGGUCGGAGAAUCGUUCUGUAUUUUCAAUGCUCCAUUUUAUUCUGCGGAGCCGGGGCGGCGAAGUGCCCGGGCGCUUAGAAAAAGAGGAGGAUGGCGGGGCGGGCCCUGUCCGGAGGGGGCGAGGGCAGGAGAGGAAGGGGCUAGCAGAGGCCGGCCGGGAUCUAGCCCGAGAGCCGCUUCCCCCUCUGCUGAACCUGGUCUGACGUCUGAGAAGGUAGCGGCUCAAGGAAGGAGGAGGAAGCUAACGAAGCCAUACUGCUAGGGUGGGAGGCCUCGAGGGGGCCCGCCCCCCAGCUGCAGGCUGUCGGGCUGCCCCACACCACUCCACACCACUCCCUGAGCUCCUGGAGGCCGGGGGGACCCCAAAGGGACCGGUCAACCUGCCGCGUCCAUCUCCACCUGGCACCUGCCCGAACCUCAGGCAUCUCGAGGCCCUUCACCCGGCCCGGACCCUGGGGCCGAGCCAGAGACCGGACGGUUUCCCGCCUCUCCCCGCCCUGGUAAGACCUCGUGCUGUCGGGCAUGAGAGAGGCGUCACGGUGACUUUCGUGUCCUCUUCCUCUCCUCUGCAUCGUUCAUUUUGUACCUUAAGUUGUACUUGACUGAUCUCUGGGGGGUUUGAAGCGGUUUUCUCUCCCCACCUCAACAGGAAAUAAAAAACUGUUUGAUGCUACCA